AUAACGGUUCCUACAUGCCGUGAAUGCAGCUGCUGCUUCUUGUUCCGCAGCAACAAUGGCUACCAGCUGUCAUACAUGGAGACCAGACCGAGGACGGACCUGGAAACAUUAUGGGAUAGUUGUCGUCUUGUUUAUGGAUUUAUUUUUACAGUUCGUAAACGGGUACCUAAGUUCUCCCCAUGAUGGCCAGGAGCCCCCGUACACAAGGGACACCCAGCGUGGAACUACCACCAGCAACAGCUCGGUGGUCCCUACUGUAACCUCUGUUUCUCCAACAGAUGAGGAGAACCACACUGCGAAAUGUCCAAGCGCAGGUUUGUGUGAUCGACUGCCUGCUGUUUGCUUUCAUUGCAAUUACCAACACAACUGCACUUAUGGGAAACCGGCAUCUUUCACUUGUAAACCCAAGAAAGGCGUUCAUUGCAUAGGAAAGUCAGGAGAGCAGCAGAGCAACUUUACUCUCUCCAUCACCUGUCAGUUCUGCUGGCAGCUGGACCCAUCCAAGUACCGCUGCUCAAACUCCACCAACUGUAUGACAGUGUCCUGUCCCCGCAAACGCUACAACGCCACCUGUGACGUCUUGGACCACAUGCAUUGUUUAGGCAACAGGCGUUUUCAGAAGCGUUUGUUCUGUAAUUGGACAGGUGGAUACAAAUGGUCAACGGCACUCGCACUCAGCAUCACUCUUGGUGGUUUUGGGGCAGACAGGUUUUAUCUGGGCCAGUGGAGAGAGGGUCUUGGCAAACUGUUCAGCUUUGGAGGCCUGGGUAUUUGGACGCUGAUAGAUGUUCUUUUGAUUGGGGUCGGCUAUGUGGGACCUGCCGACGGCUCGCUCUACAUCUGAAGCAGAGCCCCCCUUGGGACGUUGCUGUAUGCAGCCCCUUCCGCCUCACACUACUUUGCUCGCAAGAGAUCGAAGAUCUGAGAUGCUGUGUUCUUAGCACGUUUGUCUGCCCAGCAUAUCAACACGUCCUCAUCCCAUCUGCUAACGGGCAGGAAGUGUUUUCCUAGUCAAGCCAGCGAUGACUCUUCCUACAGAACCAACAUGCUCCGUUCCAAUCGCUCUGCAUCCGUCUCCUGUUGAGAUUGGGCCGAUGGGGCUGCGCAGGAGGAUGAUGUGCCACCGAUUAUGUGUAUCCAGUUGAUUUAGACUCCCAUCUUGCUGAUGCACAUGUUUGACUUCCUGUGGAGCGAUUCUUUCAGACACAUCCUGUCACCUUACAGCACUUAUUGCUCCUACUUUAUUGCAAGGUAAAUGCCUCAAUGAGGGUCAAAUGAUUGCCAUGGGUGCAGAGCUUUUUAUGGUAACAUGACUCACAAAAGACUGGUUGAAGGUUAAAAUGUAUGUUCUAAAAGCAUAAAUAUGCUGUGUGUGUGUGUGGGGAGUACUGCAAUGUGAUAUUUUUGUUGAAAAUAGCCAGUGUCCUGGACAAAAUAUCAACAUUUUUUAUGCCUGGAUUUCAUUUUUCUUUCUAAAAUUUAUGUGUGCCAGCUACAACUGUACGGACAUUGACCUGGGGGUUAAAUAAUUGUUAAUAAUUAUUAUAUAUUAUUAUUUGUACUUUAUUGUCUUUUGAAAUUUUGUUUCAAAUAAAGGAAAAAAAAAAUAACUUCCUUCACUUACUUCAGCUGUAUAGUCAGAUUUUCUUAUAAUAUUACAGCAGCAUAUGUAUGAAACACUUCAGAUGUGUUGUAGUUGCAAACUGCAGCUAUUUUGUGGUUUUCCCGUAGAGAUAUUGGAGAUAUAUUCUCUGCACACUACUGGCAACCUUCCCCAAACACUAUUCACUUUCUUUUCAUCUUUGAGACCAACAGCAAUCUGUUAUGUAACUGCUGUGACAGUAAAUGAUGUUUUCUUUGUAAGUUAUGUAAAUAAAAUCUAAUUAUACUCUA